GAGUUGAAGGUGGGAGGGGAGAGGGUCCCCUGUCUGCUCCUUUGUCAUGGGAAGACUUUUUUACUCUGCUGUUUCAGCCAGAGGCAGGCAGAAGGAGGAGUUCACUCAUCAGAGAAGAUCUAACCAUGUAAKCAAGACAGAGCUCAGAGGUCCCAGGUGAGUCCUCCACCCUUCAGCUCUGAUCCAUCGGGGAGGAAAGGGUUGCUGUAAUGAUGCUUCCUCAAAGGAGUUCUGUUGCCACUCUGGGCUACGGGUCGGACUGUGUAAAGAUUGAGCCCAGCAGCGGGGGCCCGGUGGGGAGGACGUUGCUGAGGGGCUCUCGGUCAAAAGCAGAGCUUCAGGAGCUGAUGGAGACGCUGCAGCGCAGGAAGAGCGCUUUGGAAGCCAGCCUGAGAGCGGCGGAGGGCAGCCGCAAGUACAUCGGUGUUGGAGGCCAGUCCACCCGGCCGCUGUCGGUCCUCAGCAACACAGAGAGGCCUCCGUCUUCUUCCAGGAACUUUUCGUACAUCAGCAGCAGCAGCGUGCCGCCGUCACCGCGGCAGGGCGAUCGCCAGAUCCGCUCCAACGGCUUUCCUUGCCACACCUACUCUCGCCACCAGUCACAGGACAGCCUGCUGCUCUCCGGUGCUGCAGAUGGAGGCUCCCUGAUUCCCACUUACGGGGAGGUAGUGCCUCGGUCCCCCAGGGUCAAAAGCGGAGCGGCCAGUAUGCCAUCCAGUCCUCGACUGGGCCGCAGGCUUUACUCUCAGGGCAAAGCAGGAGGAGACUCCAGGCCGAGGAAAUACUCCACCGGUUCCCUCAACAACUUGGGGACCCACAGUCGUUCUUUGCCUCGGCUGCACAACGCAGCGGAUCCCCUCGCUCUGUCGCUGCCGACUCGUCAGUCGGUGGGUUCUCACAGAGGGUCGGUCUCUGCAGGACAGAGGCGCAGUCUCUCCUCCCUGGAUCAGCCUCCAGACGUGACCGUACCAGCCAGCAUGCCCGGCACGUCCAGGAGGUCCAGCCUGGCCUCCCUGAGCUCUCUGGGUGUAGAGAUGGAUGUAACGGGCCUAGAUCUGGGCUUAGGGGAGAGAAGAAUGUCAUUUGGGAAGAGUGGGUUGAGUCCAGGGCAGAGAGUGGGCAGCAUCAGCUCUUUGAAUGGCAAAGAGGAGCUGAGAGACUACCACCUGCACCAGAGAGACGAGCGGCUCCGGGAGCAGAAAGUUCAGAGAUUGGAGUCUCAGCGCCUGGAGACCAUCUUGAACCUGUGCACUGAGCUGGGACAGGUGGCACGAGAGCCGAAGGCCUCAGCUGUUUCUGACCUGCAGAAGAUCAAUAAGGAGCUGGAGAAGCUGCAAGUGUCGGAUGAUGAGUCUGUAUUUUCUGACUCCCCCAGCAGCCCCCCUCCAGACAGCUACUUCGGAGCCAAGGCCAGAGACUUCCAGCUUUCAGAGGAGCAGUCGGCCGUUCAGCGUCAGCAGAGCAGCUACAGAGAGAUCAGGUCCCAUUCACCUGCUGUCAGCCUGAACAGCAGCGCCCCCUCACCUUCUAUGCACCACAGAGCCAAGGCCAUGGAGAGUGUGCAGCUGAAACAAGAGGCGACUCACAUCGAAGAAGAAAGAAUUCAGGUUCUGAACAACAUUGAGGAGCUGGAACAAAAGAUCAAAGACUUGGACAACCAGAUGGAGGAGUCCCUCCGUGAGAUGGAGGUGGAGUGCGCUCUGCUGGAUGGAGAGCAGGAGUCUGAGAUGACCCAGCUGCAGAGGGAAAAGGAGCUURUGGAAGAACUCAAGGAGAAAAUGUACAAUAUUGAGAAAACAAGCAACCCAGAGUCUCAGGAAACCGUGGAGCAGUCAAAAAGCUCAGAGGAUCUGGAGUUUCAGAAGCUGGAAAGAGAAAUGAAGCAGGAGGAGGAAAAAGAGAGCGAAAGCCAGGAGCUGCUGCGAGAAAUCGCCGAGUGUCAGCGUCUUUCUGUCACACGAAAGGAACGAAUCAUAACUCUGAAGAAACAGUCCUCGCAGACCACUUUACAGGCUCAGCAGGAGAGAGAGAACUUUCAGAGGGAGAAGAACAACUUGCUCAUCAUGCUUCAAAAGGAAAGAGACAAACUUGUGUCUUUGGAAGGAAAGUACGCAGAAUUGUCUGAGGGGCAAAACUUCACCCAUAACUCUGCAGGAGUCAAAGAGCACUUAAACUCUCUACAGGAAAGGAGAAGAAGCAAAGAAAACUUGUCCCAGCCAAACGAAAACCUGUCUCAAAAGAGAAGCCAGCAGCUCCUCAGUCCUUACGGCAGAUCUUUAGGACGCACACUUCCUCCUAAGGCUCACCUACCUUUGACCCAAAGCUCGAGCUGCGGCAGCAUCAUCCCACAAGGCUUCAGCUUCUCCCCACGGGACGUAAACACCCGCCGGCUGCCCAAGACAGGCAACAGCCAUGCACACAUGACUGACGACAGGCAGAGACAAGGGGAUUUCUGCAGCAGGAUGGUGUCAGAGCCUAACGUGUUCCUGGACUCCUUCUCUUUCCCUGACAACAGCCUGACCUCGGACACGGUCAGCGUGGAGAGUUCUGACAGCCUGGAGACGAGCUUCUCCGCCUGCUCCCCAGACAACAUCUCCAGUGCCAGUACUUCAAACAUGGCAAAGAUUGAGGAGAUGGAGCGUUUGCUACGAGAGGCUCAGGCCGAGAAGCAGAGGCUCCUCGAGCAUCGGGAGAGGGAGAUGGAGAUGCGUAGGCAGGCCCUGGAGGAGGAGCGGCGAAGGAGAGAGGAGCUGGAGAAGCGCCUUCAGGAGGAGACGAGCAGGAGGCAGAGGCUCGUGGAAAGAGAGGUGAAGCUCAGGGAGAAGCAGAGAUCACAGUCCCGGAUGCUAAGUCGCUACCUUCCUGUAAGAAAAGACGACUUUGACCUUCACGGCCACAUCGAGGCAGCUGGACACAACCCGGACGCCUGCUUUCACCUGGCCAUCACUGACAAAACCUGUCGAGGGUUCCUCGUCAAAAUGGGAGGGAAGAUCAAGACGUGGAAAAAACGCUGGUUUGUUUUUGACCAGAAUCGCCGGACACUUACGUACUAUGCAGACAAACAUGAGACCAAGACGAAAGGCGUCAUUUACUUCCAAGCCAUAGAGGAGGUGUACUAUGACCAUUUGAAGAACGCACACAAAAGCCCCAAUCCUUCACUGACCUUCAGUGUGAAGACCCACGAUCGAGUGUACUACAUGGUGGCUCCGUCUCCCGAGGCCAUGCGCAUCUGGAUGGAUGUUAUCGUAACGGGCGCCGAAGGACACAUGCAUUUCAUUGUGUAAAACAGCAGAGUCUACAUUUAUCUGCUUAACGACUCAGAUGAGUAGAACUUACAUCUAGAGUGGACAUUUCAGAGUAAAAGCAAACCUUUGGUUCUGUUUAUACUUGAAAACAAACAAAUGACAAUGAAAAAAACUCAUGGUAAUAUGCAAUUUUAAUAAAUACCCUUUAAAAUUCUUUUAAAAAAUAAUUGAUUUGAGACAUUUUGUAAAAUGCAAAUAAUCAUAGGAUGCAUAAAUCUCUUCAASCCACAUUUUAUUCACAAUGGAACAUUGACUUAUCAAAUGUUUAAACUAAAAGAAUUGCAGUUUUCUAAACAAUAAGGUAAUUUAGAAUUUUAUGAAAGCAACACAUCUAAAAAAACAGGUCAGGAUCAUGUUUCCCUCUGUGAAGCAGAGACCAGCUGCUGGAGCUUUUUGUCCCAUUCUUGUUUGAUGUGGGAUUCUAACUGUUCAAAUGUCCUUUCUUCUUUCCUUUCUUCCUCAUUUUACUUUUAGGCCUUAUGUUGCCUCAGUCCRGUCUUGUUUURAGAUGUGUUGCUGCCAUAGAAUUUAAAAUUCUAUUCUAUUUUUCCAAAAAAAAAUUGUACAAUUUCUUACUUAACAUUUGCUCUGUUUGCUAUGGGUAUAAUAAAACGUGAGAAAUUGUUGCAUUCUUUUUUAAAUUUACAUUUGACACAACUUUUUCAGAAUUUUGUCUUUUUUAGACUAUUUCUAACCAAAGUUCUGCUCUCCUACUUCGUAUGGUACUUUUUAAAAAUAGUUCUACGUCACAGUCUUACUCAAAUGUGUUUCCUUUGAAUGCCAGGCAGUGUUUUUCCUCUCUGUGUGUGUAUUUGCAAUAAUGCACCUUUUUUUGUUAAAAUAUGAACAUGAUUUCAGUGUUACAUUUAUCUCAUUUUAUAUGCUGCUUUAGGACCACCAACAUAAGCUGAUGUUUCUGUCGAAUGUCCUUCAUCAUUAAACCAAAUUUCAUCCACAUAAUUUAAAACAAUGAAACAAUUAUAUUCUUUUUUUUUUUGAUGAAUUUCUUGUGAGUAGUAGUAAAACCAGGAAAUGAACAGAGCCACAGUGGUAAUUAUUUUCCCCUCCAUGGAGCCUCCUCUGCCUGCAGAGGAGGCUGCAGGCCAGACAUGAUGAGACCAUGUUGUUGUGCAGCAGUGAUGCUGCAUGGUCCUGCGUCAGCCGCGUUCUCCACACUAAAGCAUUUUUACUCCGUGUCACCAGCAGAUGUCCUCAGUGCAGAGCGAUGGCACUACGAUGACGUAAUGCUCUGAAUGAUUUAUAUCUAAAUGAGGAUUAUUAAAGAGAUAAAACCUCUAUCCUUAACAUUUCUUAUGCUUUAACUUUAAAUGUGCAGUUUGAAGCACGUGUGUAUCAAGCUUUAGUUUUUUAAGCAAUCUUGUUUUUGAAUGUAUUAAAUAUGUAUUUGAGUAUUUUUGCUGACUAUUAGUCAGAGUAUUUGACAGCAGGAGACCACUUUAGCACCAAGUGAGCAGCUGUUGCCUCUCAGACUGCAGGGCUCACUGUUUGAUGGUAGCUCUUGCAGAGGGCACAUCGGGCCUCAGAGCUGACAGGAUGAAUCUCUUCAUGCUGUUGGAAACACUUUGACAUAAGCCUUGAAACAGAACACAUUUAAGACAUUUUGAAUACAUUUAUUGUUUUGUAUUUUGUAUAGAAACAUAUUGUGAUUUCAGCUGAUAUAAUUCAGUUUUUUGUAAUGAACUUGAAUAAAUAAUUCUGAUUAUAAA